CUUUAUCAGAGCUCGAUAAUGAUCGUCGAUACACGCAUUUCCGCCACCCGCUUCACUUAGGCUCAUCACGAACGCUCCCCGCGCCAAAAUUUUUUUUUGGCUUUUUUGAUCUCCACACUCGGCUUUCACAGGUUGUCAGGCUUACUUCAACGCAUAAAACGCCAAAAAUGAGUGAAGAAGUCAAAUUACCUCAAAAACGGUACUACCGUCAACGCGCUCAUGCCAAUCCAUUCUCGGAUCAUCAACUUGACUAUCCUGCAAAGCCAGAGGAUAUGGAUUGGACUCGUCACUAUCCCGAAUACUACCCUGCCAAAGAAGGCCAAGAGCAGAAAAAAGUCGAAUUUGCAGAUAUUGGAUGUGGUUAUGGUGGUCUUCUGAUCUCAAUGGCAAAGGAGUUUCCAGAUAAUUUGAUGCUUGGUAUGGAGAUCCGCACAAAAGUUGAAGAUUAUGUUUAUGAACGUAUCAAGGCAUUGCGAGUACAAGAACCAGGUUACUAUCAGAAUGUAUCGAUCAUGCGAAUGAAUGCCAUGAAGUUCCUUCCCAACUUUUUUGAAAAGGGCCAGUUGAGCAAGAUGUUCUUCUUAUUUCCUGAUCCACACUUUAAGCAAAGAAAGCACAAGGCACGGAUUAUCAGUCCUACACUACUUGCUGAAUAUGCAUAUGCUUUGCGCGUGGGCGGUGUUCUCUACACCAUUACGGAUGUAAAGGAUCUACAUGAGUGGAUGGUCAAGCAUUUGGACGACCAUCCUUUAUUCGAACGAAUGUCAGAUGAAGAAUGCGAAAAAGAUCCAGCUGUGCCCCAUGUACGGGAAGCUACAGAAGAAGGCAAAAAGGUGGCACGUAAUCAAGGAGACAAGUACUUGGCCUGUUAUCGUCGUAUUGAAGAUCCUUUUUAUUCGCAAGCGUAAAAUGUACAUAUAAGAGUUUU